AUGACAGGAGAAGAAAUAACCAAAUGGAGGGUGAUCCUCAAACAUUUCAUUAGAAAGCUCAAGGCUCAAUAUCUUCAACUGAUCAUUCCCAAUUCCAAAAGACAUAUUGCUAUUGCAAAUGCAGUGGUGUCAAAUGAUGUUAAAGAAGGACAGUUUGCUGUUUGUUCAGUAAAUACUAAAGAGGAACCACAGAGGUUUGUAGUAGAGUUGCAUUGGCUUACAAAUCCAUCAUUCUUGAAAUUACUAAAACAAGCUGAAGAUGAAUAUGGAUUUAUACAAAAGGGUGCUAUUGAAGUUCCUUGUCUUGCUGAGGAAUUACAGAAUGUUCUUCAGUUCAAGACUGAAACAAGUGUUAUUGCUUUUGCAGUUUAA